GUGUGAUUUAUGGUGACAUUGGAACAUCGCCUUUAUACACGAUCAAUACUAUUUUUACGAGUCCACCAAAUGAAAGUGAUGUUCUAGGUGCUGUGUCUUUAAUUAUUUGGUCAUUGACAAUUUUGCCUAUGAUAAAAUAUAUUUUUAUCAUCUUAAGAGCUGAUGAUAAUGGUAUGGGUGGUACAUUUGCUCUUUAUUCUUUAAUAUGCAGACAUUCUGGUUUAUCAGUUCGAGAAAACGAAAGAUCUGAUGAUUUAACUAUAAUGAAUUAUGAUUCAAAAUCGAUUCACAGCUUAAAAGAGAAGAAAAAUAUAAUUGCCAGAAGCAAGUUUGUUCAAGAUGCUUUGUUAAUAUUAGUGUUACUUGGCGCUUCAUUGAUUAUGAGUGACGGCUUGUUAACUCCAGCUAUUUCUGUAAUGUCUGCUGUAGAAGGAAUGUCUGUACCUGCUCCAAGUUUAACUAAUGCCAUUGUACCAUUAAGUUGCGCUAUUAUUGUGCUAUUAUUUAUAGGUCAAAAAUUUGGCACAAGUGUGAUUUAUGGUGACAUUGGAACAUCACCUUUAUACACAAUCAAUACUAUUUUUACGAGUCCACCAGCAGAUGAAAACGAUGUUCUAGGUGCUGUGUCUUUAAUUAUUUGGUCAUUGACAAUUUUGCCUAUGAUAAAAUAUAUUUUUAUCAUCUUAAGAGCUGAUGAUAAUGGUAUGGGUGGUACAUUUGCUCUUUAUUCUUUAAUAUGCAGACAUUCUGGUUUAUCAGUUCGAGAAAACGAAAGAUCUGAUGAUUUAACUAUAAUGAAUUAUGAUUCAAAAUCGAUUCACAGCUUAAAAGAGAAGAAAAAUAUAAUUGCCAGAAGCAAGUUUGUUCAAGAUGCUUUGUUAAUAUUAGUGUUACUUGGCGCUUCAUUGAUUAUGAGUGACGGCUUGUUAACUCCAGCUAUUUCUGUAAUGUCUGCUGUAGAAGGAAUGUCUGUACCUGCUCCAAGUUUAACUAAUGCCAUUGUACCAUUAAGUUGCGCUAUUAUUGUGCUAUUAUUUAUAGGUCAAAAAUUUGGCACAAGUAAAAUGGGAGCAUUGUUUGCGCCAAUUGUUUCACUUUGGUUCCUUUCUUUGGCAAUAAUUGGUGCUUGGAAUAUUGCACAAUAUCCCCAAGUUCUUAAAGCAUUUAAUCCACAAUAUGCAUUUGAAUAUUUUAUAAGAAAUGGUGAAAAAGGUUAUGAUAGCUUGGGUGGUGUUUUACUUGCAGUCACUGGUGUUGAAGCAUUGUAUGCUGAUUUAGGACAUUUUUCAAAAAAAUCAAUACAACUAUCAUUUCCAUUUUUCGUUUAUGUACCAUUAAUACUGGCUUAUUCAGGUCAAGCUGGAAGAUUAAUAUUAGAACCUAAACUUAUUGAUGGUCCUUUGUUUUGGUUGACUAUACCACAAAAUCAAGUAAUAUACUGGAUCGUAUUUGUAUUGGCAACUUUGGCAACUAUUAUUGCAUCUCAAGCAAUGAUUACUGCUACCUUUUCUUUAAUUCAUCAAGCAAUGCAAUUGGAUUGUUUUCCAAGAGUUAGGGUAUGA